AAUCAGUAUUCAACUGAAGCCGCUGCCCCGCAGUCGUCAUUGCCGUCGCCCGUCGCCGUUGUCACAAGUCAAUUGUAAUUAAACUGAUUUGUUUGACUUGAAUAAAUUAGAGCAGCAGCAUCUGCACAACGAAUGCAUUUGUUUAUUGAAAGUCUAUAAAUUAGACUCCGAAUAAACGCGCGCGCGCAAAAAAAAUAGCAUCCACAUCAAAAUCAAAACAGUGCAAAAAAUAAUACAUAAAUAGCCACUCAAUAAAAACAAUUGCUUUUUGUUCUUUUUCGGGUGAGAUAUGAAGUGUUUUAAUUAAAAUUGAUGUUGCUGAAGAUGUUCGUCUGCCACUCAAUUGAAACGAGUAAAGAGCACUCAAAAAUGCUUAUAAGCAAAAGUGAAUGAACAUAAAUCAGUCAUAAUUAAUGGCAAUCGCAAUUGCAGUCUCAAGGUCACCGCCACCGCCUCUACUCCCCCCGUCCGUGGGCGAUGUGUUGACCAGCAUGUAAACACAAAAGGCGAAAUGCAAUUUUCAAUGCGCAGCGUACGCUAAAGGUUGGCCGAAAAAGAGAAGAAGCAGGUGUGCACAAGAGAGACAGAUACAGCGGGAGAGAGAGAGAGAGAGGGGGAGAGAGCGGGAGUGAGGGUGAGAGUGAGAGUGAGAGAGAGAGAGAGAGAGAGCGAGAGCGAGAGGAGCCUGACCUUGGCUCUGGGUUUCGGCUCUGGCACAGCCGCAAACGAAUCCCGUGGCGCAGGGCAGUCCUUCUGUCCGGCUGGCGACGCUAGUGCCCCGAUCGGCGUACUCGGCCACGCCCAUGCCAAAGCCAACGCCCACCAGGGCAGAAACAGAGAUACUCAAGCUCAACAUGGAUCGCAGCAGCAAGAGCAACAGCAACAGCACCGAGUUCGCUCACAGUGCGACGGCAACGAGUGCAACCGCAACAGCACCAUGGGGCAACAACAAGGAGUCGCCGAACAAUGAGGAUGACUCCAACGAAGAUGAUGGCGAUACUGCAACACCAGCCAAGGUCACCGAUCCGCUGGCGCCGCGUCUCACCAACAACGAGCGCGUUUUGGUCGUUUCUGUAACGGAGCGUCCUCGUGAGACUUGGGGCCAAAAGGCCGAGUUUCUGUUGGCCGUCAUCGGUUUUGCUGUCGAUUUGGGCAACGUUUGGCGAUUUCCCUAUAUCUGCUAUCAGAAUGGCGGUGGCGCCUUUUUGGUGCCAUACUGCGUCUUUCUCAUCUUUGGAGGUCUACCUUUGUUUUAUAUGGAACUGGCUCUGGGUCAGUUUCAUCGAUGCGGUUGCAUUAGCAUCUGGAAGCGCAUUUGUCCAGCUCUCAAGGGUGUUGGCUAUGCGAUUUGUUUGAUCGACAUCUAUAUGGGGAUGUACUACAAUACAAUUAUUGGAUGGGCGGUUUAUUAUUUAUUUGCCUCAUUUACCUCCAAGUUGCCAUGGACGUCAUGCGAUAAUCCAUGGAACACACAAAACUGUAUGCCAGUGACCAACGAGAACUUCACAGAACUGGCCACAUCGCCAGCCAAGGAGUUUUUUGAACGACAGGUAUUGGAGAGCUAUAAGAGCAAUGGUUUGGAUUUCAUGGGCCCAGUUAAGCCCACAUUGGCGCUCUGUGUUUUUGGCGUCUUCGUCCUUGUUUAUUUCUCGCUGUGGAAAGGUGUACGUAGUGCGGGAAAGGUCGUCUGGGUUACCGCCCUGGCGCCCUACGUAGUGCUCAUUAUUUUGUUGGUGCGCGGUGUCUCUUUGCCCGGCGCCGAUGAGGGCAUCAAGUAUUAUUUGACUCCGGAGUGGCAUAAGUUGAAGAACUCCAAAGUUUGGAUCGAUGCCGCCUCGCAGAUAUUUUUCUCGCUGGGUCCUGGGUUUGGCACCCUACUUGCCUUGUCCAGCUACAAUAAAUUUAAUAACAAUUGCUACAGGGAUGCGCUCAUAACCAGCAGCAUUAAUUGCCUGACUAGCUUCCUGGCUGGAUUUGUUAUCUUCUCCGUGCUGGGCUACAUGGCCUUUGUGCAGAAAACCUCGAUUGAUAAGGUGGGCUUAGAGGGCCCGGGACUCGUCUUUAUUGUCUAUCCCGAGGCCAUCGCAACGAUGAGUGGCUCUGUCUUCUGGAGCAUUAUAUUCUUUCUAAUGCUCAUCACGCUGGGAUUGGACAGCACAUUUGGUGGACUGGAGGCGAUGAUAACGGCUCUCUGUGACGAGUAUCCACGUGUGAUUGGAAGACGCCGAGAGUUGUUUGUGCUGCUGCUGCUCGCCUUCAUUUUCCUGUGUGCGUUGCCCACAAUGACCUAUGGCGGAGUUGUUUUGGUCAACUUUUUGAAUGUCUACGGACCCGGUCUGGCUAUACUCUUUGUGGUAUUUGUGGAAGCAGCUGGCGUAUUUUGGUUUUAUGGCGUUGAUCGCUUCAGCGACGAUGUGGAGCAAAUGUUGGGCUCCAGGCCGGGUCUCUUCUGGCGCAUCUGUUGGACGUACAUUAGUCCAGUGUUUCUACUGACCAUCUUUAUAUUCUCGAUAUUGGGCUACAAGGAAAUGCUGGGCGAGGAGUUUUAUUAUCCACCAUGGAGCACCCAGGUGGGCUGGGCUGUCACGUGCUCAUCGGUGAUGUGCAUACCCAUGUAUAUGAUAUACAAGUUCUUCUUUGCAUCCAAGGGGAAUUGUAAGCAGCGGUUGCAGGAGACGUUUAAGCCGGACGAGAGCUGUGGCUCGGUGGUGCCGGGCCAGCAGGGCACUUCGGUGUGACAUGACAAUGCUGUCCACUUGAAUAUACACACCAGCAAAACCAACAUAAAUAUCUAUAAUUUGAAUUGUAAAAGCUUAACACCAACUAAAACAACAACAGCAAC